CGAGCUAAUAAUCCCCCGGAUGCACCUUCUGAUCUUUGUGUUUUUGUGGAUCUGCGACCGCCAUUCAUCGUCAUCAGCACACAGCACCGCCUGGCUGUCCCCUGCCGUCGUCCGCACUCCGCUGCUGAAGCAUGUGUUGAGGCCGCCAAUCACCUCACUCCGACCGCAGCAAAGGAGAGGACAGCUGCGCUCAGUCAGCUUGCAAGUAGCUGAACUUGAUGAUACAGAUGACUUUGAGGACGAGGAUGAUGAAGGGCAUCUGUCGGAUGGCAUCGCACCGCAGCUGAGUGAGAGCAAGUGGGAGAAAUCGGCGCAUCGCUACCGCCUCCGUGAUGGCCUGGUCGGUGCGGUGAGGCGGAGCACAAUGGUUGGAGAGGCAUUCUUCGAUGGCGCCAUCGCGCCACUGAUGGCGCUGUGUGGUUUGAGUGCGAGAUUCCUCGUUUCGGGACUGGUCUUCCUGGUACGCCCACCAGUGAGUGCACUUUCUCCGAUUCGCACUGACUGACGUCUCUCCGUCUGGUCCCAGGCUCUUGUCAUGAGGCGUGACGCUGCUGUCACGGUGUGGGUGAUCGGCUCCCUGCUGAAUGCCGUUCUGGGCAAGGUGCUGAAGCGGCUCUUCAACCACUCACGGCCCGACGAGGCGACCGUUAGUGACCCAGGGAUGCCCUCAUCCCACGCUAUGUCACUUUCCUUCCUGUCGGUCUCCCUCAUCCGGGCCAUCAUCGACGCAGACCGGCUGCCGGCCUGGUGGAGGCUGGACAAGCGCUGGGCGGUGGUUCUCGUGUCGAGCUAUGCGCUGCUGUCAGCUGUGUGGCGAGUGCGGGCGAACCUGCACACGAGUGAGCAGGUGGCGGUGGGAGGGGCUGUGGGAGGCACCGUGGGGCUCGUUUGGUACCAGCUGGGGAAGAACGGCAUCAACAAGUGGAUGGAGAGGUGAGUGGAGUGAAUGUGGAGCAAGAACACGGAGCACGGCACAGUGUGAUGUGAUGUGAUGUGUUGUGUUGUGUUGUGUUGUUGUGUGCUGUUGUGUUGUGUUUGUGUUGCAGGCAAUUCGUGUUGAUGACGGGGAAGCCGUUGCUGCCUUGGGGCUGGCUUGUGGGGAUAUGUCUGUUGGGCUCGCUGACUGUUGGGUCAGUGGAGCGGAAAAUUCACAAACUGCUCGUUAGACUGACAGGGGGGGCCGUGAAGAGAGACGAUAGCAGCGACAGGAAGGACAAAUGAGUGUCGCUGCUAUCCCUGGCUGUGUGUGUAUAGCUAUAAGCCUGGUGGACCUACUCAC